GGUUGUAUAUGUAUUAUGCUCUGUGCUUGUGUUUGGUAAACGAAUUUGUUGGGAGAUGGUGCUGGGAAAGUGAUGCGACGAAUGAUUAGUUUCUUGUGUAUCACUUGUCUGUCGUGUAGAUCUUUACGUCGAGGGUAACAUUGUUCAUUAUGACGUCUGCAGUGGAGAGAGGAAAUGUUAAGAAAUUUUCCAUGGACCGAUGGUCAACAAGAGAACGAUUAUGUUUGGCAUCAGCAGUAUUUCGCAGUGGAGACCAAAACUGGAUGUCUGUUAGCCGUUCACUGCGUAUGUUUGGUGAGCCGAACAGACCUCCUGAUUGGUUCUCUCAGAAGAACUGUGCUGUUCAGUAUUCAAUGUUGCUGGAGAACGUCGAAACACCCAAAAGGAAAAAGCGCAGUGAAAAAGGAGAAGUCCACGUAGAAACACCUGGGGAGAGUAUUGUGAGGAAACUGACUAAUGAGCGCAUUGAAGAGCUUAAACUAAUGAUGCAGGAGAAGAGAGCUGCUUAUUUGCGACUUAAGGAAGAAGUCAUGCAAGUGAGAGCUGGACAUGCUGAUGACCGGUUACCAGAUAUGCUGCGAGAAAUUGAAGAUGAAAAGAAACAAAAGGAGAAGAUUGCCGAAGCCCAUGAACAGUGGCUUCGAGAACGGGAGGAAAAGAAGUUGGAUAUGGAAAGGAACUGGAAACCAGUUUCUGUUUCAGCACCUUCACAGUCUCCUGUCCAUCGUAGGAAGGGUGGGCUACCUCGACCAGUUGGUGGCCGCCGCAGCAGCAGUCAGUCGGAACAUAGCAGUGAAGCAGACAGUCCAAUAAGUGAGCCAUUGAAUGUAGAGAUUGUAGGUGAGGAACCACCAGUAGAUGUGAAGCCUCCCAUUGCACCAAUGCCUACGUCACCACUGCUUACGAGCUUACUCAAGAGCCCAUCCCCUGCACCUAAUGCACAGACAUCAUUGCUGCAACAGGCAAUCACCAAUCGUGGAUCAUCUCCAACUAUUACGAGUCUUCUGAGCUCCUCUCCAGCUGUACCGACUACAGUGUCCUCUAGCCUUAAGAACUUGGUUAGUAAUGCGCUCAGUGGAGUUGCUGCUUCUGUUGACCACUCAUUACCAUCCUCUACAUCACCAUCAGCUGGUGCUCCAACUUUGUCCAUGUUACUGGAGAUGCCACCUAAUGCACCUGGACAACCCUUACCUGAACUACCCACCACAGCCAGUAAGCCAUUACCUCCUCCUGUUGGAAAAGAUGAUAAACUACGCCAUUUACAGCGUGACCCAUCUGCACUACCACCAGCAGCGAAAAAUAAUGAGAGUUUGAAGAUUGUUUUGGUUGAACCAAAGAGUGAACCUGUUGAACAUAUUCCUAUACAGCCAAAAGAAGAACCUGUGGAGGAGGAAUUGAUUGAAGAGAUGAUUGUUAGUGAUGAGCCUGUUCUUGAUACAGAAGUCAUUCCAGAAGUGCCUGAAACUAUAGCAAAUGGUGUACCUGAAACAACAAUUGUCACAGAGGAACUUCAGGCUAUAAUAAAGAAGGAAAGGAAAGAAGAAUAUACCCUUGAUCCACAAACCACAGAACCAGUAAUCCAGGUUAAAAUGGAACCAGUUGAAGAGUUAUCGCUGGAAGAUGAUGUCUCAGAAUUGGUAUCGACUUCAUUACCAUCUUGUGUAACAAAAAAUGAAAAAAUUGAGGAAGAUGCUGAAUCUACUAACAAAAAUGAACAGAUUGCUAGUUCAUCAGAAGAGAUUGUGCUAGAUAAGGACUUUGAAAUGAUCAUUGAGGGUACAAUGCAGGAAUUGGCAGAGGAGAGUGAAACAAAAGAUGUCUCUGGUAUAGCAGAAGUAGUUGAAUUUGAAGAAGGGACUGAAGUGAAAGAAGUAAUUCCUCCAGAUCUUGCUGACAUGGAAGUUAUAAUCUUAGGUAAAGUUAAUGAUGAAGUUGUUAAUGUCAGUGAUGAAACAAAGCUGUUAGAAGUAGUUGUGGAAAAAAAAGAGAGUAAUGCGGAGAAAGUGCAAACUGACACCUCUGGUGAAGUUACUUCUAUACCACUCUCCAAUGAAGCUGAAACUGCGAGAGAAAAACUGUGCACAUCAGGAACCACAAUGGAACUUCAGGAUGCUAAUGUCAGUCAGAGUAUGCAGGAUGACGAGGAUUAUACUGUGGAUGUCUGCACGAGUUCUGUUGAUGUCACUGAGGCAGAGGAAACAUCUGCUAAACAGGAUAGAAAAGCUGAGAGCAAGCACAGGACUGAAGAAGAGAAGUCACAACAGAUUGAUGUAUCUACAAGGUCUAAAUCUUUACGUUCCAGCAGUCCUGAUAGUAGGACAGAGGAAGAAGGACCACUGCAGAAUAGUGAAUCAUUGGUUUCGAAGCUUUCUAUUAGAGAGAGUGAAGUUCCUCUUCGUAAUGAGAUAGAAACAACAGAGUUGUCUGAAGUUGUCAGGUCAGCAGGAGCAACUACUGACCACAAAAUAAUACCUGGAAGUGAUGAAUCUCCUGGGAAAGGCAGUCAUGAUGGGAAAUUAGUUUCAGCUUCAGCUGAUGAACCAUCAAAAGCGUCAGAAAUAGUGCAAGGUGAUAAAGUGGUAGCUGACAAGGUCAGUGAGUUAAAAGAUGAUAGUAAGAAAACAACAAAUAUGCAUCUGAGAGAUGAUGACCAAAAAAUGGCCUCUGCCCAUACUGUAAUUUCGGGCAGUGUGUGUGAGCAACUGAAAGAAAGUAGAGACACUCUCAUAAAACCAGGGAAAAAGAGUGGUACACACAGGGAAGAUACAGUGCAUGUAACAAUAAAAGAUACUAAUAUUUCACCAUCACCACAAGAUGCCAGUAAUGACAGAAAGGAAGUUGAGCUAUCACUUAUUCAGGAAGAACAUCAAAAGAAAAAAGUUGAUAACCAUAAAACAGUUGAAGAACAUGCAAAGGAGGAAAGUACGUUUGUGGGAAAAACCUCUCAUGCAAUUCACCGUGAAAAAACAAUGUGUGAUGAUGCAAAAAAUAAUUCUGUCCCUGAAAGGAAGGAUGUUAAUCCAAAUUUAAGGGAUAGAAAGGAUAACAAAAAAGAAGUGACUCAGAAAGAAGUUAAAGAAAAUGUUAGAGGUGGAAGAGAGGGUGAUAAGGAGGGGAAGAGAGAAAAUGUCAAGAAACAGUUAGAUGAUAAUAGGAAGAAGACUGAAACAGACAAGAAAGAUGUUAAAGAAGUUAACAGAAUUACAACCAAGAAGGGUGAAAAAGAAAACACUCGUAGAAGAGAUGGCUCAGCUAAACGAAAGGAAGAUAAUGCUGAGGAACGAGAGGACGUUAAGAAGCGGGCUGUUGAGAGAGAUGACAGAAAAGACAUAGUAUCAAAAGAAGGUCUAAAAAGAGAGUUGGAUACUGAAGGAUCUGCGAAGAAACUAGAUACAAGGAAAUCUGAGAAGAAUAGUAAAAUGGAAAAUAGGAAAGAACGUAAAAAAAGUGAUUCCAGAAAAGAAAAUGAAGCACAGAUGUUGAAAAAGGCAGUAGAACUUCCUCCUGAGCCGGUGGACGUAAAGACAGUGAGCUUGCAGCAAGACGACACUACAGAGAGUGAGUGUGAAAGUGAAAAAACAUCUUUCAAGGACAUGUAUGUGCAAAGUUCUACACGCAAAGAUGCAAGGAAAACAUAUGGUGACACGCAUACAGAAGCUCAGCAGGAGAGUGCUAAGGGUGGAAAAUUAGGUACUCGUGCAAUCCGGGCAGACACGCCUUCAACAGAAGAAGAAAAAACAAGUGAUGCAGAAUCAUCUAAACCAUCCAUUAAAAAGCGGUCUGCGGCAGCAACAGCUGAUUCAGUCCCAAGUAGUCCUGGUUACCACACGGAGGAUGAACGAGAAUAUAAGGCAUGGAAGAAGGCAAUAAUGUUGGUAUAUGGUCGAUUGGCAACGCAUAAGUAUGCUUCACUAUUCCUCCGACCCAUAACUGACGACCAGGCACCAGGUUACAGCGGCAUUGUUCACAGACCGAUGGAUCUCUUGAUGAUAAAGAAGAACAUUGAGACUGGAAUGAUUCGUACCACAACAGAAUUCCAAAGAGAUGUGCUGUUGAUGUUCCAGAAUUCCAUAAUGUACAACAAGAGUAGCCACUUUGUCCACAAAAUGGCACAUCAGAUGCAACAGGAGGGUAUGCAGCAUAUACAGGAUUUUUUGACAACACAGAUGCUUGUUCAAGUAGUUGGAGAAGUUCCACUCCGCCGGGAGACACGUACCACUGAAGCUAAUAAAAAUCGGGAAGUACUGAGUGGGCAGGAAGAAACAGAUGUAGGAGGUAAAAGAAAACGUUUGUCUGGAUCAGAAACAGAAAGACAUAAAAAGAGAAAGGUCUGAAUUAAGAUGAACCAGAAAUCAUCACUGUUUUUACUAGAUAUGUGAAACCAAUGUUACAAUGGCUGUGUAGAUACGAAAACUUCUUCAUAUUAUGUAAAACUGAAGUAAUGUUACAGACAUGGAGUCCAUUGUUUCUAAGAAUUGUUUAUACCAAAUGUAACCCAUGAUUUAAGCAUUUUCUUUUGCUUUUUCUACUGUCUUUUUCUGUUCUGACAGCUAGGUAUUCUGUCAUUCUACAGACUGAGUGCCUAUGAAAACAUACAACUGUAGUUACAGUUUCUGUAACUUUGGUUGCACACACUUUGAGACUGUCAUUGCUGGUUACAUUUAUUGCUUAAGUUGCCCUUCUGUUUUAAGUUUUACAAUAGUUAUGGGUUGUAUAACCUCUUAAAACAUAUAAAUUAAUAUGGAAAAUAAGAUGAAUGUUAUUACUUCAGUUUAGGUACUGAAUGGUGAUGCAUGCUGUUGUAGAUAAAAACUAUAGAUUUAGUUCACAAUUAGUCCCAAUUUUUUUGUUUGACUUUUAAGGGACAAGUUAUUUAUGUGGUUUAUCACUAAAGAACAACACCUGGCUUUGUGAAACAGUUACCAAAGAACUUUUGUCCAAAGUAUACUAUUGUUGUUUUUUUAUAACAGUGCCCCAUAGUUUUACACAUUAUAAUUUUAACGUGUUUGCCACUGAUAAAAUUUGUAAAUAAGCUGUGACUACUGACUACAUAUUCACUGUGAUCAUUUAUAAAAGUUACAUUGAAUCAUAUUUUUUACUACUGAGGCAUAUGAUAAAAUUGGUGUUAUUUACUUUUUCUGUCGUAUGUUCCUGCUACACCAUAUGAAAUAAAUGCUGUCUGUUGAGGAAUCCCAUAUAGAGAAUGUUAAAUGGCCACUGUUAUCUAUCACAGUAAUUUCCAGCAAUGACAGGAAAGUGCUUUCACUUGCCAAAAGAUGAAACUCUCUUCUACUCCAACAAUAACCCACUACGCAGGAAGUCUUACCCACACCUGUUUCCCUUUAUUUUGUCAUUCCUUUAUGUGUACUACUGAGUCCAAAGCAAAUUAUUUCUAAUAUGAAAGCAUGAUAUGUUAACUUUGUUCCUAUUUCAUAAUUGUUCAGGUUGCUCUUUCAUCUGGUACUGACUGUAACACAGCAUUUCUGCAUUUUGAUGCUCAUUAUCACCACAUCACUUUUUACUCAUUUGUUUCUGAAAAUUUUUCUUAAGAAAUUGUUUUAUCUGUAUUUUUUCUUUAUGCCAUCAAGAAUUUAAUCAAUCAGACUAUUAUGAUGAAAUAACAUUGCAAAACAUGCAAUCUGCAGGAUACCACUUAGCAAUAUAAAGAGUGGUAUUUGGUGUAUUAUAAGAUUUUUUAUUUUUUUUCCAUAUUUAUUUGGACUACAGUUUUUUAAUAGUCAAGUGCAGACAAAAUCUACAAAAAUUUGCUUAAUUUGAAAAGUUACUGAAACUGACAGGAAAAAGUGGAACCAAGUCUUGAUCGUUCUGAAGUUUUUAUCAUCCCAAUACAAAAAGUUUUGCACAAAUGAAUUGUAAAAAGAAGAGCAAGAUUUAUGAAUAUGGUGUGUGCAGCAGGUUGCUCAAAAAUUGUAAAACAUCAUACUACAGGUACAGGAUAGAAAUUGAAUGAGACAGCUGGAAUCCAAAUUCCAGAAAAGUUAAUAAUUCAGAAAGAGGACAAAGUCCAUGCUACAUAAAAUCUAACCAUAACAACAACAACAAAUUGUAAUGUUACAUUCUUGUUCAAUAUCCCCCCACUCUCUCUCUCUCUCUCUCUCUCUCUCUCUCUCUCUCUCUCUCUCUCUCUCUCUCUCUAUCACACACACACACACUCUUUUUCGUCCCCACCCUCUUUCUCACCCACCCUCCUCAAACCCCCGAGUGUUCUGCUGUUUGUAACUAUUUCCUUCUACGUCUUCAUCUAUCUUUACUUCUGGUCCAGUUUCUUGUGACACCUCCAAAUUUAUGUAUUAUUAGAUGUUGAUUGACUCAACUGUGCAAGACUAAAUGAGUACUUGGUUGAGGGAACAAGUAGCUUUGUGUACAUAAGUCAAGAAAUAUGAUUACGGGUGCUAGACGAUAAACAACACAAGAUGUUUGUUUACUAUUAGUUAUUUAUCUUUGACGCUGCAUUCUGUGCUGAGCUGUAUUAUUAACUUCUUUGAAAUUUGUAUGUCACAUAUUACAUUCCAUUGUUGCCAUUCAGUUUCUUUCCUGCACCAUGAAUUGUGUGUUUCUGGUAUGUAUUUAUUCUCAUGUAUGUCACCUCUCCGCAUCACUGCAGAGGGAUGUUUGACCCAAAAGUUCAAGUUUUGGUAUUCACUCUUUCCUAUAGUUGUUAAUUUGAACACGGUGUAUACUUUCAGUGAGUGUGAUCUUUUUAUUCAAUCUGGAAGUUUAUUUAUUUUUUUUCUUUUAAAUAUUCUUGUAAGCACUGAAAUGUAAUUGUGCAGCAAUUAUUUUAUCAUCACAGUAUUUUAAAGAUAUAUUUUUUAUUUUUGCAGUAUAUUGUAGAUAGUGACCUAAAUGUAUUAUACUUUAUAUGGACAUUAUUAAAUGUAGACUGAAAAAGA